UUGUCGAGUCUAUCUUGUUGGAAAAGAAAAGUAAAAAAGGAAAAUGAAAAAAUAGAAGCGAGUAGGUACAUUAACAUUACGAUCCAACCUUGUAAAACCCUAAACCUCGAUUACAGGCUUCCCACUCGCCCACAUCUCUCUUUUCUCUCUCACUCAAUCGCAGGCGCCAUCCAAGUUGAAAAAUGAAUUUCCAAAAUGUUAAGGUUCCCAAGAUGCCUGGCGGUGGUGGUGCAGCGUCUGCUCUAAUUAAGGUCGGAGUUGUCGGUGCUGUUGGCCUUGGACUCUAUGGAAUCACUCAUAGUAUGUACAAUGUUGAAGGUGGUCAUCGUGCUAUUGUCUUCAACCGCAUCUCUGGUAUCAAGAACAAGGUUUACCCUGAAGGAACACAUCUCAUGAUUCCAUGGCUCGAAAGACCAAUCAUUUAUGAUGUUCGUGCACGACCUCACCUAGUAGAAAGUACAUCUGGAAGUCGCGAUCUCCAAAUGGUCAAGAUCGGUCUUCGAGUUCUUACUCGCCCUGUACCAGAUACUUUGCCAACAAUUUACCGUACACUUGGUGAAAAUUACAGUGAAAGAGUCUUGCCAUCCAUAGUCCAUGAGACCCUGAAAUCCGUGGUUGCCCAAUACAACGCAAGUCAGUUACUUACUCAACGUGAGGCUGUUAGUAGGGAAAUUCGAAAAAUAUUGACAGAAAGAGCUGCAAACUUCAACAUUGCAUUGGAUGAUGUGUCUAUCACCACUCUUAACUUCGGUAGAGAGUUCACUGCUGCAAUUGAAGCAAAGCAGGUAGCUGCACAAGAAGCUGAAAGAGCCAAGUUCAUUGUGGAGAAGGCUGAGCAAGACAAGAAAAGUGCUAUUAUCAGAGCACAGGGAGAAGCCAAGAGUGCUCAACUUAUUGGUCAAGCUAUUGCCAACAACCCAGCUUUCAUCACUUUGAGGAGAAUCGAAGCUGCCAGGGAAAUUGCUCAUAUAAUCUCUAAUUCAUCAAACAAGGUGAUGUUGAGUUCAGAUGAUCUUCUGCUCAAUCUUGGGGAUAUGACACCAGAGGCACCUAAGAAGUAAACACCUGGUCUGCGGUGGAAUUGUGCAGCAGCUGGGUUUGGAAGGAUUUAAUGGAAAGUCAAAGAAGUUUUAGUUAUUGAGGAACUUCUGUAAAUGUCAGGCCUUGACGAUACUCAGAUGGUUAUUGUUUAUCAAACCCUUUGACUGAUCAUCGCCUUCAAUUUAAGUGAAUUUUGCCUCAAUGCUUACAGAAUAAGCAGCCACUCUCGUAAUGAAACUUGAGAUCUUUAUUUUGGUGGUCAUGUAAUGGAUGUUGAUAGUGAUCUUUGAAUUAGAAAUUGCUUGUUAGAAUACAGCAGCGUUUUUCCUGGAUUUUAUUCUAGUGUUUAUUCAAA